CUGGAAAUUGUUUAGUUUUGUAAAAAAUUGUGAUAAUUAAAAUAAAUUAAUAAAAAGUGUAAUAUAAAUUUUAGAAACAAUGAAUAUAGACAACACAUUAAGUGAAGAAACAUUAAUGGAUUGUGAUAUAGACGAUGAAACAUUACAGUUUAUUGGCCCCAGCAAAAGUAUAGAGAAGCCCAAAGCGCACAAACGUAAAAAACUACGACGAUUAGUAGAUAACGGAAAUAUGGAUAAAAAUAAACGAUCAUCCCACAAAUGUAAACGUAUUUUAAUAAUUACAGCCUUAAUAACAUUUACAAUUGCCCUACUUAUGGGUCAUUAUUUUACACAAAAUAACUCCAAUACAAAACAAAUACUCAAAGAGUUUCUGAAAAACUAUCGUAACCAAUACACCGAAAUAGUACAUGGUAAAAACAAUUAUUGUGAUCAAAAACAACCACUUGACACUGCAACAUUAUUUGCACGUAUAAAACAAAAUCAUAUAUUGCAUCAAGAACAGGCAAUGCAACACAUUGAAGUGGCACUAAGAAAUGAAAGUGAUUUAAAUGCCAUUGCUUUGGUGGGACCAACAGGUGUGGGAAAAACUCUAUUUAUGGGAGCAUUACAGGAAAAUUUCCCUUGGCAAGAAAACGUACACACUUACGCUUGGAAUACAUAUGUUAAAGAUGAAGCUGAAAAAUUCCAUUUAAUAAGAAUACUCAUAGAGAAUCUCUCAGAAUGUGGACAAAAUUUGUUGGUCAUUGAAAAUUUACAAGCCUGUGAUCAUGGUGUAAUACCCAUAAUCAAUCAGUUAUUGAUUGAAGCCAAUAAAAAACAACAUAAACGUGUUGUAAUAUUUUAUGUAUUUAAUUUAAAUACAAUGUUGACUGCAGAAGCAUAUGCUACACAAAAGAAUUUAUUGCAAUCUUUGCCCGAUUGUCAAGUAAUAAAUUUUAAAUCCUUUAAACAGGCUGAAUUAAGAGAUUGUAUAAAACGUGAGUCAGAAAUAGAGCAUGUGACAUUAGGCAAACAAGAUUAUGACGAAAUUGUGGAAACAAUUGACCCCCUUAAAUCUGGCUGUAAAAAUGUCAAUGCCAAAGUAUUAAUGUAUCACACAAUAAAGAACAAGAAGGAUAAUAAUUAAUAACUCUAAAUAUCUAAUUAAAAUUUAUACCAAAAUUUAAAGGACGACUGACAUUAUAGUUGUUAAGUAUGUUUAGUUAAUUUUUAUGUUAUAUACAUUUAUUUAUUUGUUAAUUACCAAUUUGUAAAAUAUAUUUUAUUUAAAAUGAUAUUAAAAUAAAAAAAGCCCAAAAAGAACUUUAUAUAAUACUGUAUGCAUGUAUACAUCAAAAGAAAAGACAAAACACCAAAUAAAGAAAACGGAGUAAAAUAAUAUUUGCAAUUUAAAA